AUGCAGCCUCUUUCAAUAUUGAUUGUAGCUGCUGCUCUAGGGCUCGCCAACGCCGGUGUAACUGCCGUUGCCGUGGAUGAACCCCGUCCAACAACCGAUUCCUCCUAUGUUUAUCCCAACAUCGCGGACAUCAGCCACGCCACGUCCUCGCUUGUUGGAUUCCUACACAAGUAUUUCACCGCCAAGACACUUCGCGAUCUGGACACGUUUGCGGGCUAUUUCACUCCUGGAAGCCAGGAUGUUUACUUCGACGCUACUGUCGGCCUGACGGUACCUCAAUCAAUCUUGGCUGCUGAAUUGGCCGUCUUGUUCAAUGCGUCGACUCCUGAUGCGAAGUCCUAUCCUCUGCGUAUCAUUGGCGAUAUGAACAGCGCAGUUGUUCUAUCCGUUUCCACGCCCGGCCUCUUCAAAGCAGAAAGCCGUCCUAUCUCUGCUGUCGAUUUCAAAGAUGGCAAAGCAGCCCGAUGGAUCGAUUACUGGGAUGGGCGACUCAGUCCGCUCAUCAGCGAGCGUGCGCCAGAGAACAAAUUCCCAAAGACUUUUGGCGAAUCCAACAUAACAACAAAGCCCAGUCCGGUCAUCUACAAAGUGGCAACCAAGCUGUUCAAUGCUUUGACUGCGGGAAACAGCAAGGCAGCGUCAAGCCUCUUUACGAGCGACGCGGUUUUGGAAGACAGAUCCUUGCGCACUAGAAUCGAAGGCCAGCUGGGUAUCGAGCAGUACCUCAACCGAUCGCUUCAUGGCACACCAUACGGACUUGGCUCUAAAAUGAGACAUGUUGUUGGUGGCGUACAGGGCGGCGCCUAUGAGUGGAUUGGAUCUCCGGCAGCUGGGAGUCCCAACGGCAUUACUGCGCUCGAGCUCAACUACCAGGGUCAAAUCACAGGAUUUUACACCGUCUGGGACUCGUCACGAACCAGCAACCAUACAGUCGAGGCUCUAGUGGGAUUCGCCGUGGCAGAGUAG